AUGGCAAACCAGAGCUAUGCUGAUUUUUCAACCAAUUCUGCAAACCCUUACUACCUCCAUCCAAAUGAAAAUUCAGCUCUUGUUCUUGUUACUCCGUUACUCAACGAUAAGAACUAUCACGUUUGGGCGCGCUCUAUGCAAAUCGCCCUAAUCUCCAAAAACAAGGACAAGUUUAUUGAUGGAUCCCUAACCAAACCCCCAGUUUCAGAUCCAUUGUACGCGUCAUGGAUUAGAUGCAAUACAAUGGUUCUUGCUUGGAUUCAGCGUUCAAUCUCCGAAUCGAUUGCCAAAUCGGUUUUAUGGAUUGAUAGUGCCGCAGGAGUUUGGAAGAAUCUGCAGAUUCGGUUCUCACAUGGCGAUAUCUUCCGCAUUUCAGACAUUCAAGAGGAUCUCUACAAGCUUCGUCAAGUGUUCUUGUGGUGCCAUAGCUUCCAUCAAGAAAUACAGAGAGCAAGAUUACGUUAUACGGUUUCUGAAAGGAUUAUCUGA